AUCACUAGAAAGUAAUACCUGAGAAAUGCUCCCCAUGUGAAGUCAUCCUUACCACAUGAUGACAUCCUCCUGUUCUUCCUCCUCCUCUCCGACUUGAUCCACCUGCCGGCUGCCAUUGGCCAAGCCGAGAGCCAAUGGCGCGCCGGCUACGCGCAGCGCAGAGGGGAGGGGUGGCCCUUUCAAAUGGUGCGGCCGGACCUUGACAAGGUCCGUCUUUGCUCAGGCACCAUUGUCACUCGGCCGCUGGAGUCACAACAACGGGGGAGCCCGAAGAUUGAUAGGACGGUUGUCGCUUGGUCCGGACCCCAACUAAAAAGCUUUUUCCUGACCCCCCCUGGGAGCAUGGUGGCAUAAGCCCACAUGGAUUUAGUCGACCUCUACCUCCCCGAGUGCUUCACGUACCACCCCGACGCACAACACGCGGGCAGGAUGUCGGUGAGGGGUCCGGACCCCCCGUGUCCCUCGUCCAUCAAGCGCGAGCCGUCCAGCCCCAGCAGCUCGCAGGGAGACGCCAGCCCGCCCCAGCCCAGCCCCGCCAGCUCGUCCUCGGACACCAACUCCAGCUUCGGGCCCCCGACCAAGGGCCACGGUCACGGCAAUGAGUUGGGCUCCGCCCACAGCGGAGGGCCAAUCAGGCGGUUGGUGGAGGACGAGGCCCAAGUGAAAUGCGAAUUCCUGCUGGGCUCCGUGGCUAAGCGCCUGUGUCUGGUGUGUGGCGAUGUGGCGUCGGGCUACCACUACGGCGUCGCCUCGUGCGAGGCCUGCAAGGCCUUCUUCAAGAGGACCAUCCAGGGCAACAUCGAGUACAGUUGCCCCGGCUCCAACCAAUGUGAAAUCACCAAGCGGAGGAGGAAGUCGUGCCAGGCGUGUCGGUUCGUCAAGUGUCUGGCCGUCGGCAUGCUGAGGGAAGGUGUGCGUCUGGAUCGCGUUCGAGGCGGGCGGCAGAAGUACAAGCGGCGAAUGGACGCCGACGACGGCGACUGCUCCUAUCGCCACCUGCACGGUGUCCUGCCGCACAAGAAAGCGCCCGGCGAUAACCAAGUGGUGUCACUGCUCCUGCUGGCCGAACCCGAGGCCAUCCUGGCCAUGGCCGACCCGACGGUGCCCGACAGCGACAUCAAGGCGCUGACCACGCUGUGCGACCUGGCCGACCGCGAGCUGGUAGUCAACAUCGGCUGGGCCAAACACAUCCCAGGCUUCCCGUCGCUGUCGCUUGCCGAUCAGAUGAGUCUCCUGCAGAGCGGCUGGAUGGAGAUCCUGAUCCUGCGCGUGGUCUUCCGCUCGCUGGCGCUGGACGAAAGGCUGGCGUACGCCGAGGACUAUGUGAUGGACCACGACCAGUCCAAGAUGGCCGGCCUGCUGGACCUCAACAACGCCAUCUUGCAGCUGGUCAAGAAGUACAAAAGUGUCAGUCUGGACAGGGAAGAGUUCGUGCUCCUCAAAGCCAUCGCGCUCGUCAACUCAGACUCAGCACCCCACGAAGACUCGGAGGCGGUCCAGCACCUCCAGGACGUCCUCCAGGGGGCCUUGCAGGACUACGAGGCGGCCCGCCACGCGCAGGACCCUCGGCGGGCCGGCAAGCUGAUCAUGAGCCUUCCUCUGCUGCGGCAGACGGCCGCCCGAGCCGUGCAGCACUUCUGCGGCAUCAAGCGGGAUGGUCGCGUGCCCAUGCACAAACUUUUCCUGGAGCUACUGGAGGCCAAAGCCUGAACGCCGGCGGGCGCUCGUGCACCCUCAAGACCGCAGAAGCUUCCGCUUUGAAAAUCCAUCAGUACCUUGGCUUACAAGUGCCCUGCCUUACCGUUUUUUUUUUUUAAAAGUUAGGAGCCGUCGCUUUCUUGAUUUGUAUUUAUUUAUUUAUUUAUUAGGGGCUUUGUGUUCCAAGCCGGAAUUUGAGCGACAAGAGAGCGUCAGAUGCGUGAAAAAAAACAAAAACAAAACAACUUGUAAUGAAUAAGACUUGAGGGGCACUCCACGAUAUGUCCCACCUUAGGAGUUUUUCAAGUCGCGUGGUACUAGUAUGAACCGGUCCGUGUUGGAAAACGGGUUGGGGACCGCGAUCAUGUGACUACCCGCAAAAUGGACAAAAAACACGCGGGAUGAGGCGAACGCCCCUCGUGGAUGAAGUCCUCCUUCGGGAAGCCUCCUCGGAUGCAUUUCGAGUUCCUCGCGCAAGGAGAACGUCGAAAGUCUCGCCAAAACAAGUGAUUCGAAAAUCGAGAGCGGCAGAGCGACGUACGUAACGGGGCCUCGAGGACAUUUCAGGGAAAGAAACUGUGCUCAAGCGAAGUGUAUUUCAAAUGCAACUUGUGGGCAAGUCGACAAACAAAAUGGCAGAGAUGAAUCACCUCAUUAAAAAGAAAAAAAGCCCCCAAAAAGAAAUUUGCAAAUGUUUGUCAUAUAUAAAUAUAUUCUUUUGUUUUACUCAUAAACUUACCAUGGCCUUCUGCGGACUUUAUAAAAGUUUCUGUGUUCUAAACAUACAUACAGUACAGUAUCUAUAACUCUAUAACAAAAACUAAAAUGGUCACCAUAACAUAAAAAAAAAAAACCUCAUUCUUGCAGGAAUUUAGUAGGAUUUUGUUGGAGAAAAAAUAUCUUUGCAAUUUUUAGAACACAAAAAAAACAUUUACAUGACUUGCAAAAAAACAUCUUUGAAAUUUGGUGCUUUUUUUUCUUUUUUUUUUGCAGUCCAGUUUGUAAAAGGAUUAUUGUUUUUGCGCAUGUAUGAUUUCCUACUAAAUUCCUGCUUCUCUGUCAAACAGAAACUGUCCCUUCUAUGUUCGGACGUAAACGCGUGCUCUCCUUUUCCCCCCUCGUCGCCAUGACGUAUUUGAACGUUGGAGUCAGCUGGCCUGUUUUGUGUGGAGACUCUUGGCAAAAUAUUCUGCUGUUAAAUGAAGGCCUUAUACUAGAGUUGUAGUCCCCUUGCCACUAAAUUUAAGACUUAAUCAAAAUGUUCUCGAUUUGACGGUUUAACUAUGCACUGUCUUCUUUUUUUUGUUUGUUUGUUUGUUUGUUUUUGUUUUUUUGCAUCAGUGUGUCUAACGCCAGCGGAUGACACUUGUGUUGUUUCUUUCUCAGGUGAAUAUUUUGGGCAAUAAAGACCGUCCCCCUGCA